CUUCCAGAAACCAGUUUACUGCUUUGUUCAUCUGAGCAUUCAGGAGUUUCUGGCUGCAGUCUACAUGUUCCACUGUUACACCAACAGGAAGACAGAGGUGCUGCAGAACUUCCUUACUGAGGACGAUAAAGGAAAUAAGAUAUCUCUGGAAGAUAUCUCAUCUCUGGAAGGUUUUCUGAGCAGAGCCAUGGAGAAAUCGUUCCACUGUAUGUUCGGCCAACUGGAACUGUUCGUUCGCUUCCUUCAUGGCCUCUGUCUAAAGUCCAACCAGAGACUCUUGGGAGGUCUGCUGGGUCAGGCAGAGUACAAUCCUGAAAGCAUCCAGAGAGUUAUCAACAACCUAAAGGAGAUUAGCAGUGAUGGCAAGUGUCCUGACAGAUGUCUAAACAUUUUCCACUGUCUCAUGGAGAUGAAGGACCUCUCUGUACAUCUGGAGAUCCAAGAGUUCCUAAAGUCACAGAAAAAAUCAGAGAAGAAACUCUCUGGAAUUCAGUGCACAGCUCUGGCAUAUAUGCUGCUGAUGUCAGAGGAGGUUUUGGAUGAGUUGGAUCUGGAAAAGUACAACACAACAAAGGAGGGUAGAGAGAGACUGGUUCCAGCUGUUAAGAACUGCAGAAAGGCUCGACUUCAUAAGAUUUUUGUCUAUGCGGGUAAAUGUGGCCCUGUGGCCUCAGCUCUGAGGUCCAGCCCCUCCCAUCUGAAAGAGCUGUGCCUGAGUUCAAUCAACCUGGAGAUUCCAGCAGAUGAAACUUUUGCUAAUCUGGGGGAUCCAAACUGUAGACUGGAGACACUCAGAUUUGAGGACAGCACUUUGUCAGAGAACAACUGUGCUGCUCUGCUCAGUGCUCUGAAGUCCAACCCCCCCUACCUGAAACGUCUGGAUCUAAUAGGAUGCAACCUGGAGGGCUCAGGGAUGAAACAGCUGUAUGAUUACCUGGAAAGUCCACACUGUAAACUACAGUUUAAAAG